UUUCAGACGACUGUUCAAAUUGGAUGAAUAUGAGUGGUACUGAGAAAGGUCCCUCGCCUAAGGAUGCCCCUCCCUAGGAGAUGCCUCGGACUCAGGAAAAUGCCCAUUCCUUGGAGAGGUGUUGGCUUGGGAAUGGCAACUACGACUGCGAAGAGACCAGCCAAACGUGGCGAUGGGCCGCUGAGGCCACUAGGAGAGACAGGAACAGGGUUUUCGGGGAUUCGGUACUUUCUACUGUGGCGUUUUCAGAAAGUGGAGGAGGGUUCGUAGUGUCACUUUUUCUUAACGGACGGUCUUUUAAAGGCUGUGCUCACGCGCCACUGCCGAGAAGAGUGCGGGGCUUGGGGAGCGGGGCGGGCUCUUGGCGUCAGGCCAAAAGAGACCACGUGGAAAUCCAUAAGUCAGGACCCAGGAUAAGGUUCAGUUCGCUCCUCCGCGGAAGUUCUUCCCCGGAUGCACAGGCGGGAGCCCGGUGUCGGUGUACGAGGAUCCCCCGGACGCCGAGCCCACAGCGCUGCCAGAACCAUUCCCACCAAACGGAAGCAGACUUCAAUCUGCAGGAUUUCAGAGACACGGUGGAUGAUCUCAUUUCAGACUCAUCCUCUAUGAUGUCGCCUACCCUGGCCAGCGGAGACUUCCCCUUCUCUCCUUGCGACAUAUCACCAUUCGGGCCCUGCCUAUCCCCGCCACUGGACCCACGGGCCCUGCAGUCACCACCGCUGCGCCCUCCAGACGUGCCCCCGCCUGAGCAAUACUGGAAGGAGGUGGCGGACCAGAACCAGAGAGCGUUGGGAGACGCGCUUGUUGAGAAUAAUCAACUGCACGUGACAUUGACCCAGAAACAGGAGGAGAUCGCCUCGCUCAAGGAGCGGAACGUGCAGCUGAAGGAACUCGCCAGCCGAACCCGGCACCUGGCCUCGGUGCUGGAUGUAAGUGGGGCGCGGGCGUGUGGGAACUGCAGCACGUCGGAACUGAACAGUUCAGUGCAUCCCCGCCCAGCAUCGGGACCCGUGGGGGCCCCGGAGAGGAGAGUACCGCUGAGUGCGUGGUGCGUAGCGCGCCUAGGUCACCUUUUGCACGCUCCGAACCCGGAGGGUCCGGCAGGCCCCAGGGCGGCGCUCUUCCCUGUCUUUCGUAGAAGCUGAUGAUCACACAGUCCCGGGAUUGUGGGGCGGCGGCCGAGCCCUUCCUGCUCAAGGCGAAGGCCAAAAGGAGCCUGGAGGAGUUGGUCAGCGCUGCGGGGCAGGAUUGCGCGGAAGUGGACGCCAUCCUGAGGGAGAUUUCCGAGCGUUGCGAUGAAGCCCUUCAGAGCCGCGAUCCCAAGCGGCCCCGACUGCUGCCAGAGCCCGCGAAUACUGACACCAGGCCCGGGAACCUGCAUGGCGCCUUCCGGGGGCUGCGCACAGACUGCAGCCGGAGCGCGUUGAACCUGAGCCACAGUGAGCUGGAGGAGGGCCGCUCCUUCAGCACCCGCAUCCGCAGCCACAGCACCAUCCGAACCCUCGCCUUCCCCCAGGGCAAUGCCUUCACCAUCAGAACAGCCAACGGGGGUUACAAGUUCCGCUGGGUCCCCAGUUGAGCUGUGAUGUGGUCCCCCAAAACACUGCCCUGUGUUUCCACUGAAGUGCCUGGAGGCUUCCCAGAACUUUGACUUCAGGUUGAAUGCCACCCUGAAACACUUUUUCAGGAACAAAAGCAUCUUGAUACCGAUGCAUUGUAAAUUUCUGCUACAAAACAUUGUAUAGCCCCUCCCCUUGUCACAGUGAAACUCUGUGUAUAUAUGUAUAUGUCACAUAUGUCACAGCCAAUUUUAAAAGUAUUUAUUUUUAGCAGCUUUGAAUUAUGUAUUUUUAGAGCAGGGAAGGAUUUAGAAACCAUAGUUACUUUUAUAAUUAUGUAAUGCUCUAAUAUUAUAAGAAGGAAAAGAAGGCUCUAAGAGAUUAAGUAAUUUCCUGCAAUGGGAAACACUGGAACCUUUCAAUCACUUUAACUAGUCACUUAAGGACUCUAGGCCCAGAAGCCUGGUUUCUGGGUCACUCAACUUCCCUCAGUCCUAAAAGGACACCUAAUUUUGUUACUAUUGAAAAUUUUUAUUUUGGUGGCCAGAAUACGAAAUCGGGAGAGGUAACCCAAACAGUUGUCUUAGGAAAAGGCAGAUUCUCAGAGGCAAUGGGCUAUCAACAAAAUAGGUGCUAAGCACAUUUGUUUGUAAUGAUCAUUCAUAUAAUUUAGAAGAUUUAUGGUAACAGUUUAUAUUCAUUAUCCAUACAGUUCUAUUUGUGCAAAUAGAAUAACCACCUACAAGCAAACAGUGUUAAUGAGAAAUAUAUAUUGUUUUAAGAAAAUAGCAUAUACCGCAUGAAAAAGAGUGUUCCUUUUUUUUUUUUUUUUUGCCAGAAAUCAAGUGUGGAAGUCUUGAUCAAAGUAAAACUACCUAUUUGAACUGCACAGAUAAAACUGGGGUGCACAAUCAUAUUUUACAUUUCUUGGCUUGAUUUAUAUAACUUGUAAGAAAAACUUAACUAUAAAAAGUCAGUGUGCCUUCACUUUGACUUGACUUCUGUUCCCUUUUGUCUGGGAUUCUUUUUCCUACUCAUUUCUGAAAUUAUAUGAGUGGCAUAUGUCAAGUAGUGAUUUGUCCUGACCUUCACAGUUCUUAACAUGAGGUCUACUUCUUGCACUUGGGGGCCCAGCUUGGGCACGUUUCCAGCUGUGUUACGCCACACUGCAUUGCUGGUUCUGCCCUCUGAGAGGAGAUAUCAGGUAACAGGUGACUUGGCAGCGUGGCAGAACCUGCUCUUCCAGUUUGUCAUGUAUGUACUGCUAUCUGUAUUUAAAUAGCCAUUUAGAAACCAAAAAAAAGCUGAUAAAAUAGACCAUAUUUCCUCAUAUUUUGUCUAACAAAUGGACUCUUAAAAAGUACAGUGGAUGGCCCAGAAUUUUUUUUCAUCAGCUCAAAUAUAAAGUCACCACAGUUCGGGAUAAGAAAAAACAAAAAAUCACUUCCCCCCAACCUCUUAACCUGUCCCCCAAAACAAUCAGCUUGUCAUGUCUUUUCCUCUCUCCUUAAUGAGUAUUCUUAUAAUGCUUUAAUAACAAAUAACCAAAAAGUUUUCAAUAUAUAGGUUUUUUUCUGUAUGUCUUAUGACUGGAGUUUUUAAAAUUACAUUUCUUCCUGCCUU